AGAACACUUCCUUAUAGUGGCAUUUGGGGAUCCGAUUUGCGCUUGGCGCGCCAGGUCGUGCCCUAGUGCGCUUCGGCGCCAUCAGCUGCGCCAAAAUGGUCCAGCUAGGGAAAACCGUCAGCGUGUCUAGUCUAUUAGUCUUCGGAACCACAACGUCGUUGCUGGCGAAGAUCGUAUACGAGCUUAAAAGCGUUGGAAAGGAUGGCGAGGAAAAAUAUUUUCGGAAGCCAUGGGCUAUGACUUCCAUUAUGUUUCUCGGCAUGUCGAUGUGCUUGCCGUUGGCUUACUACCAGGAACGGCGGACCAAGAAGCGUUCGCCCGCUGAGGACCCGCUGCUCUCCUUCGAUGAGGCCGGCCCCGGCGGCCCCCGUCGCUCUCACCUUCGCGAGGUGGCGCUGCUGGCGCUGCCCACCGCCUUCGACCUGGUUGCCACGGUGCUGAUGAACGUGGGGCUGCUGUACGUCACCGCGUCCGUGUACCAGAUGAUGCGCGGUGCCGAGAUGCUGUUCGCCGCCGCCUUCGCCAUCACCUUCCUGGGCCGCAAGCUCAACAUCUACCACGCGGCCGGCAUCGUGUGCUGCGUGGUUGGCAUCUCCCUGGUUGGCACCAGCAGCAUCCUGUCGGGUGAGGGCAGCUCCACACACACCGUCACUCCGCAGCAGAUGCUGCUGGGCAUGGGGCUCAUCAUCACGUCGCAGGCCGUCCAAGCCGCCCAGCUGACGUUCGAGGACUUCUUCAUGGCGGACCUGGCCAUCCCGGGGGUCAAGAUCGUGGGUUACGAGGGGCUGCUGGGCGCGGCGGCAACACUGGGAAUCAUGAUGCCGGCAGCCUACUUCCUGCCAGGUCCCGAGGGUGAGGGUAUCCACGAGGACAUGGUGGACACGCUGGCGAUGAUCUCGCACUCCCGGCUGCUGCAGGCGGUUCUCGCGGUGGACAUGUGCUGCCUGCUGCUGUACAACGUGGCGGGCAUGGCGGUGACGGGCCACCUGGGGGCCGUGUUCAGGACGGUGCUGGAGACCAUGCGCACGCUGUUCGUGUGGCUGGUUGACCUGCUGCUGUUCUACUGCCACGUGGGGCAGCUGGGCGAGUCGUGGAGCGUGUACUCCUGGCUGCAGGCGGCGGGGUUCGUGGUGCUGGUGUCGGGGACACUGGUGUACAGGCACGGUGACCACGAGGCCCAGCGGCGGCUGCUGGCCGAGGCGCUCGCCCUGCACUCCGAGCCCCCGGGCGGGGCCGACACGGAGGGCGGGCAGCAGCGGGAGGAGCCCGGCGCAUCCACACGCGGGGGAGCCGUGUACAGCCUGUACGGCACGACCAACGGACCCGCAACCAACAUGUACGGCGGAGUGACGUCACCGCUGCUGGUGCCGCACCAUGCGGGUGGUGCUGCCGGUGGCUCCUCCCUGCCGAUUGCGUUCACGGGCUCGCUGGGCGCCUCGCAGCCGAUUGACGCCAUGGCGCCCAGUCGCAUGUCCUUCCGCGCCACGCAGACCAUUGCGGCGGGGUCGUACAGCAGGUCGCUGCAGGCGGGCUCCUACCUGGCUCGCUCGCCCCGGACCCGUAAUGGGGGCGCAGGGGGGCAGCAGGGACAUGAGUGAAGGGGAAAGGGGGGGGAGGCGGAGGAUGUGGCGAGGUGAUUGCGGUGAGGGGUGUUAGGUAGGGGCUGGGGGCUGGGGUGAGAGCGAUGAUCGACGGCAUGCAUCAACGUGUGCUAUUUAGCCCGUUAGUAGGAAAAGCGUCAUUGUACGGCAGCGCUCAUAUGCAUUUGACGCAGCCCGAGCGCCUGGCAAUGAAAAUGCGGGUGCAUUAGGUACGGAACGUGAUCACCUGUGGUAAGCACAAAAUCGCUGCGCCGAAGGACGCUGGAAGACGGAGGGACCACGCUAGCUCGCGUGAGUGUACGUCAGAGCUCGUAAACUUUUAACACGGCCAAGGCGCCUGGCAUGGAAUGUGCGGGUACAAUAGGCACGGAAGCUGAUCAUCGAUGUUCAGGGCGAAACCGCAGCGCGGAAGGAUGCAGGAAGACGGAGAGACCGUACUAACUGCAGAUUGGACGGAGGAAUACGGAGGGACCGCAAUUGUGGGAGACGCCGCUGUGUUGUGAACGGGCCGCAGCGGCGAAAAACACAUGAAGAAAACGGCGGUGAAGAACAUAACCUAAUUGUGCGUAGGAAAAUAGGCGAUGCCACAAGUGCAAAGCGGUUAUACAACCAACUGUAGCCUCAGGCCCCUGACCUCUUUCC